ACUUGGUCCUUGCACCUGGUUUGAGGUUGAUUGUCAUUUUACUCUGCUUGAUGUCUUUGCAGCCUUUGUAAUAUACAACUUUCUCAGCCUCUGCUAUGAGUACUUGGGAGGGGAGAGCUCCAUCAUGUCUGAGAUCAGAGGGAAACCAAUUGAGUCCAGCUGCAUAUAUGGGACUUGCUGCCUGUGGGGGAAGACCUAUUCAAUUGGCUUCUUGAGGUUCUGCAAACAGGCCACCCUGCAGUUCUGUGUGGUGAAACCCCUCAUGGCCAUCAGCACGGUCAUCCUUCAGGCCUUCGGCAAGUACCAGGACGGUGACUUUGACGUAACCAGCGGCUACCUCUACGUGACGAUCAUCUACAACAUCUCUGUCAGCCUGGCACUGUACGCCCUCUUCCUUUUCUACUUCGCCACACGUGAGCUGCUCAGUCCCUAUAGCCCAGUCCUCAAGUUCUUCAUGGUGAAGUCUGUCAUCUUCCUGUCCUUCUGGCAAGGGAUGCUGUUGGCCAUCUUGGAAAAGUGUGGUGCCAUUCCCAAAAUCCACUCUGCCAACGUGUCUGUGGGUGAAGGCACGGUAGCUGCCGGGUAUCAGGACUUCAUCAUUUGCGUGGAGAUGUUCUUUGCAGCCAUCGCCCUCCGCCAUGCCUUCACAUACAAGGUGUAUGUGGACAAGAGACUUGAUGCCCAAGCUGUUCCAUCCUAUGGGCCAUAUGGUCGCUGUGCUCCCAUGAAGAGCAUCUCCAGCAGCCUCAAGGAGACCAUGAACCCCCAUGACAUUGUCCAGGAUGCGAUCCACAACUUCUCCCCAGCCUACCAGCAGUACACCCAGCAGUCCACACUGGAGCAUGGUCCACCCUGGCACAACGGCAGCCACGUCAUCUCACGCUCCCACAGCUGCUCGGGAACCCGUGACAACGAGGAGACCUUCUUGCUGGGCUCUGAUGACGAAUUCUAA